UAUUUUUCUACCCCCAAUGUCCCAGUAUUACUGAAGUGUAAUGAUUUCAUCUUUUGUCUUGAAGGAGAGUUUAUUCUCUGAAUAGUAAAAGGAUUAAGAAAUGAUGUACAGGUUGGCUGUGGCAGCACACUGCUCUAAUCCUAGCGCACAGGAGGUAGCAUCAGGUGAAUCUGAGUCUGAGGCAAGCCUUAUAAUCACUAAGUUCCAGGCUAUCGAGGGCUACACAAGACCCUGUUUUUCCUUCACAGAUGUCUCUAUUUAACCCAGCACCUAUCCAGAUACCACCGUGAAGGGAUUUGAAAUUGACAUGAUGGGCCUUAAAACAGAAUGACAAGGAUUAUCUAGUGGGUGCAAUCUAACUGCUUGACUCCCUACAACAGAAGUGCCUCCAGGAAGGGUUAGGGAGAUAGAGCAGCUAGAAGCAGAGAACGGCUUUGAAGAUGGAGGCAGCAGAGGUGGGAAAUGACCACUGGACAACCACCGAGGACACAGAUCCCGGUCCCAAACCACAAGGAACAAUUCCAUCAACAUGAAUUUGUUUAUUUGUUUACUUGUUUAACAGAGAGAUUCCCACAGGGUCCAGCGACUCACCCCUCUAAUCCCAGCACUUGGGAGACAGAGGCAGGCAGACCUCUGUGGGUUCAAGACCAGCCAGAUCUACAAAGGGAGUUCAAGACAGUUAAGAGAAACUUUUUUUUGGGUGUGUGUGUAUGGAGAUAGGGACACACUAUGUAGCUUUGGCUGCUGGCAUUAAAGGUGUGUGCUACCUUGCCUGGCCUAUCUUCCCCAAGACAAGGUUUCUUUGUGUAGCCCUGGCUGUCCUGGAACUCAGAGAUGCACCUGCUGGGAGUGCUGGAAUUAAAAGUGGAAGCCACCAAUGCCUGAAGAAUUUUUUUUUUUUUAAAGGUUUAUUAUUGCUCUUUCCGUCAUGUCAUCUUGGCGCCUGGGAAGGCCUGCUAGGAACAGGACUUCUAAGUAGCAGAUGUCUGGAAGGCUGUGGUGCAAAGCCAUUUUUGCUGGCUACAAGCGAGGUCUCUGGAACCAAAGAGAGCAUACAGCUCUUCUUAAAAUUGAGGGUGUUUAUGCCCGAGACGAAACAGAAUUCUACCUAGGCAAGAGAUGUGCUUACGUGUAUAAAGCAAAAAACAAUACAGUGACUCCUGGAGGCAAGCCAAACAAAACCAGAGUGAUCUGGGGAAAAGUAACUCGGGCCCAUGGGAACAGUGGCAUGGUUCAUGCCAAAUUCCGAAGCAACCUUCCUGCGAAGGCCAUUGGACACAGAAUCCGUGUGAUGCUGUACCCUUCCCAGAUUUAAACUAAUGAAAAGUAAAUAAAUAAAAGUGGAUUUGUAAAAAAAAAAAAAA